AUGGUCCCGCAGGAUUUUGUUUCAUCUUCGCAACCGCACGGUCCAAUGUCUAUCUCAAGCGUACAAUCUGAAUUAUACCCCGAUACCAAAAUCGCUCAUGAUACCAAUCACUGUACUCGGCACAUCAGCAUCACUCAUGUCGAAGAACCGAAUCAGGAGGACAACUUAGAUCAACUCCCCAUUUACCGCCUAUAUAGACGCCGCUUCACUGGCCUGUUUGGUUUCAUUCUACUGGCUCUCGUGACUGGCAUGCCUUGGGCAUGGUUUGGGCCCAUAUCGAAUGAUGCUGCCGCGGCCUUUGACAUCUCUCUCGACCAGGUGAACUGGCUCGGCAACAUCAUAUCUUGCGUCUACCUCCCUGUCUCCCUCCUAGUUCCUGUCUUUUGUACGCGCUUCGGCAUUCGCCGCUGUGCUGAAGCAGGUGUAUUGACACUCCUCAUAUCAGGCUGGGUGCGCUAUGCGGGUAGCAUCACCACCUUGUCCUCUGAGAGCGCUUACACGCUCCUCAUCCUCGGACAGUUCUUCUCGGCAAUAUCACAACCUAUCUUUCAAGUUCUCGGUCCGAAAUAUUCCGAGACGUGGUUUGACCUUAAGGGGCGAACGACAGCAACAAUGGUGAUCGCCGUUGCCAACCCUGUAGGUGGCGCGAUUGGCCAGUUGCUUAGUCCCCUAGUCGGUACCGCAAGGCAAUCUAUACUGGUCCUAGCGAUUAUAUCUACCAUAGCUACUCCUGCCUUAUUUCUCAUAGAGAGUGAACCACCAACCCCACCCACAUAUGCAGGCUCCAAGGCUCCACAAUCGCUCCACUCACUCCUACGUGCGAUGGUCGGGAAAGUUCACAUCCACGACCCUGCUUAUAUGGCUCCUCGCGAACGGCUGGACUUUCUCAUCAAUACGCUACUGUUUGGUGUACUCGUUGGCGCGGCAAACGCACUUAGCAUCCUCUCAGCGCAAUAUUUCGAACCUGAGGGGUACAGUGACGCCAUUUCAGGCCUCUUUGGCGCAACCCUCCUACUUAGUGGAGUCAUUGCCAGUGUGAUAUCUGCUCCACUAUUCGAUCGGGUAUUGACCCAUCAUCUGGGCAUAACUCUAAAAAUUCUUGUCCCAAUUGCUGCAGGAGGAUGGUUGAGUUUGAUCUGGGCAGUAAAACCAAAUAACACCGGCGGCCUCUUCGCGAUCAUGGUCAUCAUCGGAAUAUGCUCCCUGAUCAUGCUCCCAGUUGGCCUCGAGCUAGGAGUUGAGGUUACCCGAAAUGCAGAUGGCAGUGCCGCCAUCUUGUGGUGCGUAGGAAAUGCAUUUGGCACCGUAUUCAUUCUCGCGGAAGGCGCCCUCCGUGCAUCUUCGACUGCCUCCCCGCCAUACAACAUGCACGCAGCGUUCGUGCUGCAUGGCGUGUUAGUGAUGGUGGUGGGCUCGACCGUGGCGUUUGUACGCGCAAAACAGAUCAAUAGAGAAGAGCGGGUCGAUACGGGAAAGAGUGGACUCGAUACCGUCGCCUGA